AUGGCAAUUCCGACAGGUGCUGCUGCCUACAAGAAAAAAGACGGCAUACUCACCCUCACCCCGGACCGGAAAAAUGUCAUCUGGACCCCGAACUCUGCACCGAUGGUGCACGCGACGAUAUCUCUUAAGAUAUCAAAUAUCACCAAUCUACAACAAACACCAGACACCGCUGCCAAGGUCAUGCUCAAGAUAUUUGAUAAACCCUCGGAAAAUGCUGAGCCGGUGGCCUACCUCUUCCAUUUCAACUCUCCCUCAGAUCCAAGGGCAGAAGCCAAUGUUAUCAGAGAUCUCUUAUCCAAAAUUCUUGCUGAGACUAAGAAUAAUGACCCCAGUGUCCCGCGAGCAGCUACGACAUCUACUGGGGGUAGUGGCUCGGCGUCUAUGACAUUUGCUAAUACUGCCGUAUCUAAGUCAGCAGCAGCGCUUUUAUUCGACGACGACGCUUUAAAGAGCGACAUUACGCUACAGCAAUCACUUAUGAAGGCGGAUCGCAACCUCUCUCAGAUGUAUAUGGAAGGUCGCAGGAUGAAGCCCGACUCCAUAUCAGAUGCUACAUUUAACACACAAUUCUGGACCGCGAGGAUCAAUCUGCUCCGGUCCCAUGCCAUUGAGAAUAGCCAGAAGAAAGGACCCUACAAUGUCUUGGCCCAAGUGCGGCCUACCGCACAGCAGAGCACAGAUCCAGAUAAACCCAGUGAAUUAAAGCUAAAGUUCAGUGUCGAGCAGAUGCAGAUGAUUUUCAGUCAGCACCCUCUCGUCAAACGCAUAUACAAUGAGAAUGUGCCGCCCCUAGAGCAGGAUAACAAGUUUCUGGCGCAGCAUGUGCCUCACAUGAUUGAUAUAGAAGGUAACGAAGAGAACCAGGGUGGUUUUAGGAGCGGUAACCGGAAAGAUGUUGAGAUGCGACCAAGGGGAAGAAAAGAUGUCCCCAUCAUUCAAACAUUAAACAGCAUCAGCGAAAAGCUACUGAGUACCGUUGUAUCGUUCGAAAAUGACUCUACUCAGCAGGCAGAAUUAGAUGACGACAGUUAUCGAGAACUCGCCCUACGCGAUCUACGGGGGGAUAUUGAAGAGAACCGCAUAAUUCUAAACAUCAAAGAACAAAGCAGGUUCUUCUCCUCGAACGAGACCGCCACCAUCUCCGAAACUGCAGCGGUGUAUGCGAAGCAGAACACAUCGGAGGUACUCAAGGAUAUACAAGGUGAUGUGAGAAGCCUGAACACGUAUAGUGCUGGGGGGGUCGAUCUUCACGCUUCGUUAGGUAUCAAUGACGAUAGUGAUAGCGAAGAUGAGGGAGGGAGAAUUCCUCAUGUAGGGUCACGAGCAUCGCGAAAGAGUGCGCAAAAACAAAUCCUCGAGAACGCGGUUGCGGCAGAGGCCGAGGCGGCACGAGAAGCGCAAAUCAAGAAGAGAAAGGAUGAAAUUAUACGAAUUUACGAACAGACCAAGAGAAAGAUCAAGUUCAAUUCUAAGUCUGUUCGUGGCGGUAAAGAAGCGGUUCUUAAGCUCAUGGAGCCCACGAUACAAUCUCUAGAUAAGGCUAUAGCCGAUUAUCAGAGAGCACUGGCUGCGGAAGGCAUCCAGGUCAGCACGGAGCGAUUAAACCUCACUACCAAAGUCACUCCAGAACAGCGUCCGUUUGAUCCCAAAUGGGACCACAAGGACUCCUCCGAGGGUGUUCCCAGUUCUCAGACUUCAAUCCACGAUGCAACCUGGGUAUCUGAAUCCAGCGGCAGUACGAAGUCUCCUCGCCAAAUCUCAACCCCAUCUUCAAGCGCGGCAUCUCCAUUGGUAGCUAGGCCCGUCACUCCGCCGGCGCCGUGCCCCACGCCUAUAGACCCCAACUCGGAGUCUCCGCUCUCGCAGAUCGCGGCCUUCGAGACACCGUUCCUGUAUGGCCACGGUACCGAGCUUGCACCUAUUGCCGAGCAGCGCAGCAGAGCGACGUUGCGCAGUAAUGGCGGUGGUGCUAGUACCGUGUCAACGUCAGACAUCUCGUCCCUGCUAAAACACAAAGAAUCCGGCGCGAGUACUCUCAGGAGUCGUAGAAGUCGUACCGAUGACGGCCAACCCGGUAGUAGUGGCAAGAGCGGUGAAAAUCCCGAACCUGUCGCUGUCCGUGCCGGUACCAGUAGCAGCAGUGAAAGCGGCGUUAGAAUCCCCCGUCUCCGCAACACCAGCAAACGGCACUCGCCCCCAGUCGUCGAAACCGUCGACGUCCACGCAUACCCGCAGAGGCCCGGAUACCCACCGCAUGAUAUCCCAGGCCCAAAACACUAUAGCGAGAUACCUCUGACAGCAGAGGAGGAACAGGAGUACGCGGUGAUGGAGCAGGCGUUUGCCGACAGGACUGCCCAGUGCAACUCAGGCGCGCGCCCGGUCCUACGACCGUCGCAGGCCCGCCCUAAUUCUAGACGCCCCACGCCAUGGGUCUGCAAGGCUUGCAGGCGACCGGCGGAUCAGCGCUGGAGUCUCUUCUCAACGGUAACUGGCCUUGGGCGAGGCCAGCGACGCGGAUCAGAGUGGUGUUCGAGGUGUGCCUGGCGGAAGGUUGGGUAUAUUCUGUGCUGCUGCGAGUAUCACUUGAACGUGUACCCGGGCACAUUUAUAUGA